CCGAUGCCUCUGGAUGCGUCUGCGGCUGCUCUGCGGCAAGUGAUUUCCCUGCUGCGCGAAUACUGAAUUUCUUUUCUUUAAAGCAAUUCUUUCGUUCAGCGAGAUGAAAUCCAGCAUUUUCACCCUUCUCCUCGUCCUUAGGCUGGCUUUUGGCAAAGACCUCUGCAAAGAAGAAUUAAGGACGAGUUUGGAGGGUGCAGUCUUACUGAAGAAUGGAUCUCUUUUGACCGGCGAAGGUGACAAUUAUCCCGAAGGCACGUUUUGGAAAGACGAGGCAGAAUCAUGGCACUGGUGGGUCUGUCCCUGCCUCUUGGCACCCUGCAUCAGAAUUUGCGACACAGAAAUCGUGGAUGAAAUUAUUGAAGCUUAUCGUGAAACUGAGCCCAACUUGCCCUUUCUGUGGGACGAAAUUAUUGAGACAGGCACGCCGCCGAUAGAGAGCUUCAAACAAUUAAUCAACGCAAAAUGUGAUCGUUAUCACGAUAUUUUAAAUAAAGAAGACGUCAUGAUUUUGACGAGCGGAAAGAUGAGAUUGAAAAACAAAACGAAGCUAUAUGGUGCCGAAAAUUACUGCGUUCACCAAAUGGAAGGAAUAAACUCCAUACAUCUAGUGCGCUGCCUGUCUAAUCUAGAAGAGGAGUCUAAGGAAAAAACGCUUCCUAAGGAGUUUUACGAGAACACGUAUAUUUCGUGGUCAAUUUUCUUUAUCUUCGUCGUUGUGGCGGGCACGUUCAGCCCGGAAAUUAAAUCGAUUUUCGGGGAGGGCAUGCUUUGCUUCCUGGCAUGUCUGUUAGUGGCUUGCGUCACCUUGUCUGUCAACAGCUACAUUUUUCAGACCGGCAAAUUUGACCAAAUCUCAAUCCAGGUGGAGCUGUGCAUUUCAAUUGGAUUCAUCCUCUUAUAUUCAUAUCUGGCAUCCUUUUUCUGGCUCAACACGAUGUGCAUCGAAAUUUUUUUAACUUAUAAAGGGAUUAUUAGCACAGGAAAAAACUACUUUUCAAAGUUUGCAAUUUACUCAUUUGGCGGACCUUUGGUAAUAGUGGCCGUGGCCCUAUAUUUCAACCUGAUCAAUGACGAGAACUCCAUUUUCAACCCAAAUAUAGGAAAUGGAUUAUGCACCAUAAACGGCAAAGCGCCCAUGUUGCUUUACUUCCAUGGACCAAUCUUGAUUUUGCUUGUGGCCAACGUCGGCUUGUUGUCUGCAACCUGGGCAAGUGGCGAGCCGGUCCAAACCACGGAGGAAACCGACCAGACGGUGUGGAAGAUAAAGUUUCGCAUAUUUUAUCUAGCGAUAACCCUCUUGGAGAUUUUCUUUCGCAUCAGAGGAGCCAUUGCGUAAUUUUACGGUUACGGUGUCCGAAGAAUCUUAAGAAUCACGAUUCUUCAGUGCUGCGUGGAGAGUUUUUGUCUUUUUUGACCUUGUGUUCGCUGACAAAGAGUUUGAGCAGCCGAUUUUUUAAAAGCCAGCGUGCUCAAAAAAUAAAUAAUAAAUAUGUCACGGAAAAAUAAUGAAUGUGGCUUUUAUUAAGUAUCAAAAAAUUCUUUUUAA